UUCACUAUUUAGGCUGGUGCUAUCACAUAAAGAAGAUUACAAAAGGCCUUGGAGGUGUUUUACACCUGAGGCAGCCACAGAACUAAGGGUCAUGGUAAUAACUUUAUUCAUCUUGGUGGGAUUUACAGGAGAGUUCCAAGUUUUUUCAAGAGCCUCCACUCCAGUCACUUGCCAGUGGGAUUCCUAUGGAUCGUGGUCAGAAUGCAAUGGUUGUACGAAGACUCAGACUCGCAGGCGGUCAGUUGCUGUUUAUGGGCAGUAUGGGGGCCAUCCUUGCGUUGGAAGUGCAUUUGAAACACAAUCGUGUGAACCUAUAGUAGGAUGUCCGACAGAAGAGGGAUGUGGAGAGCGGUUCAGGUGUUUCUCAGGCCAGUGCAUCAGCAAAUCUUUGGUUUGCAACGGGGAUUCUGACUGUGAAGAGGACAGCGCUGAUGAAGACAGAUGCGAGAACUCAGAAAGCAGAACUUCCUGCGACCUUGAUAAACCUCCUCCCAACAUAGAACUUACUGGAAAUGGUUACAAUGAACUCACUGGCCAGUUUAGGAAGAGAGUCAUCAACACUAAAAGUUUUGGUGGUCAAUGCAGAAAAGUGUUUAGUGGGGAUGGAAAAGAUUUCUAUAGACUGAGUGGAAAUAUCCUUUCCUAUACAUUCCAGGUGAAAAUAAAUAAUGAUUUUAAUUAUGAAUUUUACAACAGUAGCUGGUCUUAUGUAAAGCUUACCUCGGCAGAACAUACAUCAUCUACUAGGAAAAGCUCCUUUUUCAGAUCUUCAUCAUCUUCUUCAUCUACUCAUACUUCACAUACCAGUGAAAUCCACAAGAAAAAGAGUCAUCAUUUGUUGGUUGUCCAGAACACCGUGGAAGUGGCUCAGUUUGUCAAUAACAAUCCGGAAUUUUUACAACUUGCGGAGCCAUUCUGGAAGGAACUCUCCUUCCUUCCCUCUCUGUAUGACUACAGUGCCUACCGAAGAUUAAUCGACCAGUAUGGGACACAUUAUCUGCAGUCUGGGUCCCUAGGAGGAGAGUACAAAGUUCUAUUUUAUGUGGACUCAGAAAAAAUCAAAAACAGUGGUAAAGUAUUAAAAAAUUAUUAAAUACAAGCAUUGUAG